CAGAGCCGGAAGGACAAGGAAAACAUGGAGACAACUAAAAUAUGCGUGAUGUUGAUGAUAUGUGUUUGCGGACUUCUUGCUUUAUCUCAGCUUACUCAAGCAGACGGUGAAUGUGAGUAUAAUGGAAAAACUUACAAAAAUGGAAAAAGUUUCAAAGAAGGUGGCAAGUGCAGAAAGUGUAAAUGUAAGGACGGAGCUAUCAAAUGCAAAACUGAUAAGAAAUGUAAAGAUUUAUGCGACAGUGUAACAUGUAAGAAACCAAAAUGUACAAAAACGGUAACCCAGAAGGAUCUAUGUUGCCCUUUGUGCACGCCAGAGUCUGGCGGGGAGUCAUGUGAUUACAAUGGACUGACUUACUCUAAUGGAGACACGUUCAAGAGUGACGACUUAUGUAACAUGUGUCGGUGUAGAGAAGGAAAAAUUGACUGUACAGAGAAGGAAUGUAAAGAUUGUGUAAACAAUGGCGUGAGGUAUAAGAGUGGACAGUCUUCUCCUUUGGGGGAUGGAUGUAACAGAUGUACAUGCAUGAACGGUCAAUACAGGUGUUCAUAUAACAAGUGCAAAUCAUGCCCAGUACGAGGAAGGUCCCCGUACUCGUCCGGAUCUUUUUUUCCUGGUGACGAAAACUGCGAAGUCUGUGUUUGUAUGGACGGGAGUAUCGAAUGCGUAGAAAGAAAAUGUCCGAAGUGUAUGGUCGAUGGUGAGAAAUACAAGCAUGGAGAAAUGUUUAAACACCGUGACGGCUGUAACAGGUGCGAGUGCUUGUAUGGACAAGUGGAGUGUACACAGAACGACUGUCCUGAUGACUGCAUGGUCAACGGUACUUUGAUUAAGCAUGGAGCCUCGUUCCCAAGUACAGAUGGCUACAAUAAAUGCUGGUGCAAGGACGGAAAUCUUGACUGCUCAGACUACAACUGCACUCUUCCGGGAAACAGUUCAUGCGUCGUCAACGGAACAGUGUAUCAGAAUGGAGCAAUGUUCCUGGAUGAAAACAAUGACAACUGUGUGUGCAAGUUUGGUGAGGUCAGUUGCAUGGACUUAAGAUGCGAUGAUAAAGAUGGUGAACUAGGCGGAAAAGGAAAAGGCAAGGUGUUUGCAGUACCUUCUUCCACGGGGACAAAAAUCUGUCGGUGUGUGAUGGGAAGUCUCGAGUGUCAAAAUGUACCGGAGUGAGAUUAGAAGUUACACACGGUAUGUAGGAAAUGAACAUCCAUCUUGACAGAAAGACCGAAACAACAGUUUGAAUAUUAAUGUAAAGACAUAUAUAUU